AUGCCAGGGCCUCUCCCCGUUGCGUCUCUUCUUCGGCGCAUUCCGCCGCCCUCGUCUGUCCCUUCUUCGUUUACUCCUUCGUCUUCGUCUUGCUCUCCAGCUCCAUCCUCGAGACUCAGUCCCUCCCCCACUUCUUCCUCCCGAACUCGCUCCUCGUCCGUUGCGUCUCCGAGCCUCUCUGCGCGCUCAUCUUUCUCCGCACCGCUUGGGUCGUCUGCGCUGUCGCCGUCGCCGUCGGGCUGCAUUCCGAGCCUCGGGGGGGUGCCCGCUUGCGCGCGGCGAGCGGCGUUCGCGCCUUCGCUCGGCGCGUGCUCGGCGUCUCGCAGGUCUCUCUCGAUCUCCCGCUUGUUUCGCGCAGUGCUUCGGCGCUUCGUUCUUCACUUUGAGCCGCCAGUUGCGUCGCCCUUCCCAGCGCCCUCCGCCGAGGAGCGAAGGAGGUUUCUUCGCUAUCGCCUGCUGCAGUUCCAGCAGUUCGCGAAGCAGCAGGCAAUCCCUUGGCCGUUUCGCCAGGAUGCGCAGCGGAAGCUUGACAGAGAGAAGGCUCCCGCCGAGGACGAGCGAGGCAGCUCUCCGCCUGCGUCCUCCGCGGAGGCUGUGAGAGCCCGCGGCCCUCUUUCGCGCAAGUCGCCUUCCGAGUCUGCGGCGGCCGUGCCUCGCACCUCGGCCUCGGCCUCGGCUCCCGUGUUCUCUUCGUUUCGCUCGUCCUUCGUGGACCCGCGCUGGCGGAUCCCCGCGCUUUGGCCAGCGAAGCGCCUCUUGCCGCCUCCACCGCCCCCGCCGGAGUACGUUUUUGCGAAGAGCGACGCUCGCGCGCAGACCGCAGACGCGGAGGCAAGUGCAGACCCAGCCGCGAAGAAGGCCGGACUGCCACUCCGCAUCCAAGCCAUUGGCCACGGCACGUUUCUCAUUCAGUGCGGCGGCAUCAACGUCCUCACCGACCCCCUCUUCGCCAACAAAGCCGGUCCCUUCGGCGCGAUCGGCCUGCCUCGCGUCAGCCAGCCGGGCGUUGCGCUGGCGGAUCUUCCGCCGAUUGACGUCGUUCUUCUCUCCUCCGUCCGUUACGACGCGUAUGACCAUUCCACGUUGCGUUUCCUCGCGAAGCGCGACGGCUCCACGUUCUUCGUUCCCUCUGGCGUGCUUGCGCGGCGCUACGUCUCGCCGCGCGUCUUUGGCAGCGUGUACUCGAUGAACUGGGGCGAGCGCGUGAAGUUCGACGAGAAUUUUCUCGUCUUCUUCUGUCCCGCCCUCCACGCGCCCGUCGGCCGCUACGGGUUCGACUGGGGGAUCCCGGGAUGGGGAAGCUUCGUGCUGCAGUGGCGCGAGAAGGAGACGCUCGCGCCUCCCGCGGAAGGCCCGCGCGCGCGCCCGGCCAGCAAGACUGUGUACUACGGCGGCCGCUCGGCGUACAGUCGAAAGAUGAUGGACUUGAUCCGCGAAGGCACGCGGCGAGACAAGGCGGCGCUCCGCGAGGAGAUGGAGCUCGAGGCGCAGCUGCAGAGAGCGAUGGAGAAAGAACGCCGCAGGCGGCGCGGAGAGGACCAGGCGCUCACCGCGGAGGACUUGGUGGACGCACGCGACGCCGAGACGAAGGGAGAGAAGGAGGACUUUGUGUUUGACCUCGCCGUCCUCCCGAUCGGGGGCUUCGAGCCGAGGGAGUACAUGAAGCGCUACCAAAUGAGCCCCGAAGAAGCCGUAGACGCGCAUCUUCGGUUGGAGUCCAGCGUAACGGUUCCUUCGCACUUCGACGUGCUUCCGGUUGGAAGCGAAGGCUUCCGCGAGGCGCCCGCCCGCCUCAUCGCUGCAUGCGAGGCUAAGGGCGUUCACGUGGACGGUUUCACUGCGAGCUCCGAGCUUGGCCGCUCCAGAGGCGAUGCGGCGCUCAGCAGGGGGGAGCCGGAGAGAGCCGCAGAGGGCGGCGAGAAAAAAGGGCAGUUCACCAUCCUGGAGCCCGGUGCACAUUUGUGGCUGCCGUAA